UGCUGCCCCAGCUGUUUCCUGUUGAAAAUGUCUCCGUAAUGUAGAUAAAUGUGAGGGAUUUUCUCCACUAAAUCCGUCUCCUGUCCGCUAAAUCUCACGUCUCCGAAUCGAGCCUGCGCAAUGGAACAAAGUCGGAAUAUCGAGACGUGACACCGGCACCGCGUUUCCUCCUCGCAGCUUCUUUUAUUGCAGCUUUAAAAAAUAUAUACAUAUAUACAUAUAUACAUAUAUAUAUUUAAUUUUACUUAUAUUAUUUUUAUUUUAAUGACUUUGGGACAAGUGUUUUCUCCGGACAAACGCUGGGAUGUCUAAAGGACAUUUGGGUAAUGUCCUAAAGUGGACCAUGCGCUGUGUGUCUCGGGGCCGCGCGCUCUCCCGGCUGCUGCUGCUGUGCGCGCUCGCGCUGACGCCGGUGGAGUCGAGGGCGGGUCCUGAGACCCUUUGCGGGGCGGAGCUGGUGGACACGCUGCAGUUUGUGUGCGGCGACCGGGGCUUUUAUUUCAGCAAGCCAACAGGCUACGGCCCCAAUUCACGGCGCUUGCACAACCGCGGCAUUGUAGAUGAAUGCUGUUUCCAGAGCUGUGAGCUAAAACGACUCGAGAUGUACUGCGCACCAGCCAAGUCUGGUAAAGCUCCAAGAUCCGUACGAGAGCAGCGGCACACAGACACGUCCAAAACACCAAAGAAACCUAUAUCUGGCCACAGCCAAACAUCCUGUAAGAGAGAGAAAAAAAAGAGGAUGGUGAGGGAACAUCUGUUAAUAGCUGCUAAAACGAGGUUCAUCAGAAGAACUCAAGCCGAGGGAACACCGGGGGGAGGAACUACCGGAUGUAGUUAAGUGAAGGAUCGGAGUGGAAAUAUCGGACAGUGCGACAUCGAAAAGCGACGGAAGAGAAAGUAGAACCUUACCUGGUCUUCAAGAGGAAAACAAAACAAACAAACAAAAAAAAAGCAAAACAAAACAAAAAAAAGGAGAAUGGACCAGUUCAAUGUACAUACACCCGAGUCACGACUGACUGUUUUUCGACACUGCACCAUUCCACACUGGGGAGGGACAACAUCUGUCCAAACAGCAAAAUUAAUAUAGCUGCUAAAAUGUGUAAUAUAAUAGCGGCUGCUCCAUAUUACGGCAGUGGGAAACCUCCUGUAUGUAUAAGAGAGCCACUGGAAACUUUAAUGGACCCAAACUCUUUCACUUCCUGAUGGGUGGGAUAGAGCCAGUGGGUCACUGGAGGAGAGGUGAAGGUUUUUCUAUGCUAAUGGGUGAAGUGAACGCUUGCAACGGUCCCUCCCACAUAUACAUCCACACACACACACACACACACACACACACACACACACACACACACAUGCCUUCACAAUUAAUUCCAGAUUGCUGCAACCCAGUGCAAAAUUCAAGCUGGCAGCAUUUCACCACCAUUUCUGAUUAAGCUUUAGUGGAAAGACAGUACACAAGCUCAAGCACUGAUGAGGAAUAUCUUUGUUUUUUGUUUUGUUUUUUUUUUUCGUACAAAGAAAAAGAAAAAAGAGCUUCAUCGGAACGCCAUUUAGACAGAACGCUCGUUCAAAACAGACGCUUCACUUUCAGGACGACGAACACGGCUAAAGCAGGAGGACGUCUUAUUGUCCAUACGUUAAAAGAGGAACAGAAAGUGUCAGGAAAGGGUUUAUAAAAUGGGCAACCGUGUCUAACGAAGACAGACGAGCUCAACUUCAGAAAGCGUCGCUGCUUUGAUGAUAAUGACAUCAGACUGCAUGAUUGGUUUUGAGAAAAAAAAAAAAAAAGCCAAUAUUUUUACCAAAGCAUGUACAUCACAUACAACAGUAAGCGUUUUCACCAAAGCCUGGCAAUAUUAUACAAUCCCAUUAAAACUUUUCACACAACCAACAUCUCUGAGAAAUACAGGGAUGGACAAAUUACUAACCUUGAAUUGAUGUCUGAGGUUUUAAGUUUUUAAUUUGUAGUUGCUAAAGAACAAAAAAAAUUGCGCAUCUGAUUCAUUUUUAAUUUGAUACGUAGCUCUUUUUAGAUAUAACGUACCUCAGUGCUGUCACUAUAACACAAGCUUCCGAAUACCACCUGCUGCACUACAUACAUCAGUCAAAGCACCAUGUAGCUGUUGGUAGAACGAAACACAAUCGUUAGCAGCGUAGCUAAGACUUUUCAUCGAGAGGUGCGAACACAAACGUUGCUAGCAGACGAUAAUAAAAAACUUUGUACGUUACUCUUACUGUGCAUUCAAGUCCAACCGGGAAGCUCGUAUUUAAUAUUUACAACUUGGGAAGACGUAAUUAUGACAUCCAUGGAAUUCGAGUCAAACAAUAUGAAGGUGUAAAAAUACAGCAAGGUUUUAAACGUCUGAUUUUAGAAAGCCAAAAAUUGUUCAUUAGUGUUUUCCUAUUUGAUGUUUUUAAUCAAUUCAAGAAGCGACAGUAAAUUUUAACGUUGCAUAUUAUAUCAAAAUCGAACCACUUCUCUUCCACCGUUGGUCAAUUUACUUGCUUUUCAUUUACUCACCUCAUAAACCCCAAAUAACUGAAAUCAGCUUGAGACGAGUCAACGUUCAAUUCCGACAACAGUGAUUUCUGACUAACUCGUAAACUGUGAGCUCAAAGAAAUUCCCACUCGUAAUUCGGAAUUUGUGGUGCGUUCAACUAGCUAACACUCCGUGUAUCUCAAGCUACAUUUUUGCAUUAUCUUAGCUAACAAUAUCCCACAACUGGGCUAAACACGGGAUUGGGAAGCUUGUUAAUGAAUUCUCUGAUUUGUCCAUCCCUUAAUAAUAACCAUAAAAUUCCCACAAGAUCACCACCUCUGAGGAAACAGGCUGCACAUGGAGCCCGAUGUUCUUCCGGAGCUUUCUUCUAAUCCAGUGGACUGCUUUUGGAAAUCCAGACUGUGAUGUUAAAUGUUUUUUUGCCUAGUUAGAGAAUCUUCUAUCCAAAGUCCAAAAUUUACACCAUCACACUGUCCUCUGUCUAGCCGUCUCUGUACUCAAUAAUCAUAUUUAUGUUAACCAUCUCAUUUCCUUAUUGUUUUUUUUUUUUGUUCAUUACUUUAUGUGAUUUACCAUACAUGCUGUCAUAUAACAGAACAAUAUAAGAAUUCUACCCACUAUAUAAUGGUGCUAUUUUGUAGUAUAGUGUAGUAGUAAGGGUUGGUGAAACGUGAUCUGGCCUGGGCGAGGGAGGGAUUGGGCUUGCCAGGAAUGUGAACUGAAAUUUUGGAGGUUUGGAUAUGGAGGUCUUCCCUUUUUUUUUUGCACAGCCUUGUAGGCACCAGUCUAAUAAUGCUCUUUUUUAAAAAUUUUUAGCUAAUGAUGUAUUCUAGCUAAUGUAUUUGUGUAACAUCUGUAAGCAAAUCGAAGAAACACGUUGCGAACCCGAGAAUUAGUCUAGGAUAUUUUAUCCAAUUUAAGUUAUUGAUAGUUAGAUUUACUCGAGAUCCCUAUGCCAAAUAAGUAAAGAGAAAACACUGUGAACUACAAACUUUUGGUUCUGUUAAAGUUCUAAACAGCAGCUAUGUUUACAUGCAAGUUUUCCACUUAGUGCGAAUGAGUUCAGAUUCCGGGUGAACUGUUUAUAUGUAGCCUAAAUAGGGUGGGGCUUUUGUUUAUAUGCAUGUAAUAUUUUGAUCCAAAAUUCUGCACAUGCGAGGAGGUUGUAGGAUAAGUGUCAGCGUUACUAUAACAACAAAGUGCAUGGGAGUUCAGUCACUUCAGGUUUUUAUUUUUUAUCAUUUUUUCAUCUAUUCUCUCCCUAAUUUCCUCACAUUCUAAGUCCCACCCACCAGCCAACUCUCCAUCAUAAGACAGCUACUGUUCGAGGAGAGUGAAGACUACCAUGUGGUUCCUCCAAGACCCGUGAAUCCAUCCAAGACCCGUGAAUCCAUCCAUCCAUCCAAAUUUUUUUUUUGAAUUGCUGCGUCACAGGGCGACUUAACAAACUCGGAGCAAAGCGCUACAGUAUCUGCCCUCUUCCACAUAUAUGUGUGCACAGACAUGCACGAUUUGCUAGGGUCACUGUGAUUGACAGGGGAGGGGAAAGUAUGCCACUCCUCCCAUCCACUUUCACAAUAGAUGCUUGGGGAAUUCAAGCACACAAUCUCCAGAUGAUGGAGCGAAUGCUUUUCUAGUGCGUCACUUGAAAAAUGACUUUUUAAUGAGUUUGAAAUCAUUUCCGUCUCUAAAAACGUGGACGGGAGAAUUCGGGUUUGUUGUCAAAUCCGAGACCAGAAUUAGCCGAGAUCAAAUCAAUAUAGAAUCUUAAUGGGGUCAAAGUCAAGUCAAGACCAAGUCCAACAACUGCCAUAUCUUUAUUCAUGCAUUGCUCUAAUGAUUAGUUUAUUUUUAUUUUUUUAGAAAAAAAAAGACAUCACACUCUCAUUCAGCCUCUUGGCUGAGACCAGGACCCUGUUUUGUGCCCAGGCCCUGAGGCAAUUAGGAUUGUCAGUAUUAUUCUAAACUGGAAAACAGAUUAUUAGACUGCAUGUAAACAUAGCUAGUGUAGCUUUCCCUUCACUACAUUACGCUACAUUUCAGAGGUUAAGAUUUAAGACUUGCAAUAAGAAUAAUUUUACUAUCCAAGCAGCUGAAUGUAAGCUAUGACAUACAGGGACCUUACCCUGUUACUGGGGGAUUAAUUCUCAGUUCUGGUCCCAAGUCCAGAUAAAAUGGAAGGUCAUCUUGUGUAAAACCUUGUGCCAAAUCAAAUAUGUGGACCAGAUGAUCUGCUGUGGUGACCCUGAACAGGGAGCAGCUAAAAGAACAACAAUGAUAUUUAAAUAAUCUCCAUGGUUUUUAAACAAAGGUUAUCCAGUUCUGGUCCGGUUCUGGUGUUGCUACAGCGCAUUAUUCUGUCAGAUUUUAUUUUUGAUUCAGCACAGGUUUUUUGCUGGAUGACCUUCCUAACACAACCCUCUCAUUUUAUCUGCGAUUGGGUUGCUUCAAUGCCUGGGAAUCAAAUCCCAGGAUGUUAAACCCCUUGAUGCAGGCUCCUAAGCUGCUGGACCAUCAGGGAUCAAAAUGUUAUAUAGCUGAUGGAUAAAUUAGCUGCACUUGGCAUGCUGUUCUGGUUUGUUACAAUGAUAAAUUACGGUAAUUAUGCUAGCACAGAUAAAAUGCUCUAUUUAAUUCAGCCACAAUAUCUAUAUCCAUAUCCACAUCUUGCAUACAAAUACGUAAAUAUUUGUCAAAACUUUUGUAUAGCCAAAUACAAAUUCUUAACAUUCCAAAGAUUUUAAAACGCUACUUGUUUGUUAUAAAAAAUUUUUAUUUCAUUCCAGUUUCUGUAAUGUUUUUAAUGUGUUGUAAACAUUGAAGUGAAGAUAUUUCUCAAGCUGUAUGACUCAGAUACGAUGAAAUGUUACGUUGAAGAUCAAUCCGACGGAAAUGAAGAGUUCACAAUGAUGGAGCUGCUCCAAAUUGUACAGUACAUUGAUAUUGUCAUCCUCAUGCUUUAACACGUCUCACAUAAACGUUUUUAGAAAAAUACAGAA